AUGAGGCAGCAGAUGCACGACAUCAUUGCUAUAUCGAACCAAAUUGGCCACCCGGACAUCUUCCUCACCAUGACAUGCAAUCCAAGCUGGCCAGAGAUCACAAGAGCCCUACUGCCGAACCAAACGCCUCAGGACAGACCGGAUCUGUGCGCACGUCUGUUUCGUCUCAAAAUGAAAGAUCUCAUGUCCUUGGUCAUCAACGAGGAAGUAUUCGGAACCGUUGUUGCCCAUGUACGAGUCAUCGAGUUUCAGAAACGCGGUCUUCCCCACGCUCACGUUGUAUUUUUCCUAGAUGAAGUCUCCAAGAAUGAUCUGCGUACUCCCGAAAACGGUGACCGCAUUAUCUCUGCCGAGAUCCCGUCUGCCCAAGAUCCAGAACUUCAAGAGGUGGUACUCAAGCAUAUGAUUCACAAUCCAUGUGGAGAUCACAAUCCAACAGCCGUGUGCAUGGGCGAGCGGUACUGCAGGAAAGGGUUUCCAAAAUCGUUCAAACACGAAACCAGCCAGUCCGACAGUGAGUACUACAUCACGUACCGAAGAAGGGCACCCUCUGUAGGUGGCGUCUCCAUCGAGCGUCCCUCCCGUAUUGGCCGACGACAGCAAUCCGUCGUGCUCGACAACUCCUGGGUCGUGCCCCACAGUCCUCUGCUUCUAAGAUCGUUCGCUUGCCACUUGAAUGUGGAACUCUGCGUGUCACGCGUUGGCGGAAUCAAGUACCUCUUCAAGUAUGUGUGCAAGGGACAAGACCGAGUGACCAUGGAAAUUACUGCCGAGAACGAGCGCUACGACGAAAUCUCCAACUUCCAAGAUGCCAGAUACGUAUCCGCAUCGGAGGCCGCAUGGGGGUUAUUCUCCUUUGACAUUGUAGACCGCAAUCAUCCAGUAGUCAGGCUUGCAGUGCAUCUGCCCAACUACCACACGGUGUACUUUAAGGAAGGGCGAGAGGAGGAGGCGGCGCUUCGACCAGCAACAGGCACGAAGCUGACCGAGUGGUUUAAAGCCAACGAGAAGUACCCAAGCGCGAGGCAUAUUCGGUACCAAAAGUUUUCAAGGUACUUUACGUGGAAGACACGCACCAAGUCAUGGAAGGCAACAUCCUUCGAUAACUUGCGAAAUAUCGACGGCGAGCAGUGCCCCAGCUUCCGACAAGCUUGCUUACGACUCGGAUUGCUGGCCGACGAUGCCGAGUGGAAGAACACAAUCCGAGAUUCAUUCCGGUCAAGCUUCGUUCUUCUUUCUCAUCUGUUUGCUACGAUUCUGGCAGACUGGCAGCCUUCGGAUUCUCUCUCGCUGUGGAACGACCACCUGGACAUGUUUUCACCGAUAUUCGCAAUCGUGCACGCGGACAACCCAUUCGAGGACAGCAGCUUCGCGAUGAUCACCACGCCACAUCUUACGUGCUUCGAGAGGUACAGGAGGCCCUGCAGACCGUGCGUUCCGAGUGGACGCUCGCAACUUCGGACUUCCACUGCCCGAUGA